AUGGAAAUCACGGAGCUCAAUCUCAUCGGCGAUUUCGAAGCCGGAAUGAAAUGCUUACAGAACCCAUCUUUACUUUCUACAGUUUCUCUAAUCGAUAAAGUUCCUCGGUUUUACAGUUAUUGGACAUGGGGUGCUUUGAUUCUUGCUGUUUUCGCUACUUUCACUAGUGUAUUUAAUAGGAUUAAAUUGUUUAUAUACCAGAUCCGUCUCAAACUUUUAGCUUCUUGUCAAAAAUCAUGCCCUCAGCAGAUUUUCGGCGAUGAUGAUUUAGAUUUGGACUUUUCCGAUGACGACGGCGACGAUGAUACACCGUCGUCUGUGGCAGAGUCCGAUGAUGAAGAAUUGGAUUCAGAGGACGGACAUCCGGAUGAAGUUUUCCGGGCAGAGGGUUCUAGUUUUUGGGGAAACAACAGAGGGUCCGAUGGUAAUUUCACGCUCCGACGGCGUAACGGGUUUUCGUUGUCGGAUUUUUCCGCCGGGAAGAGCGUUGUACAGUUGUGGGAUAGUUUUGGUUUAGGGUUAGAUUUUGAAGACGAUGAAUCCGAGUACGGGAGUGAAAUUGCGAUCUGGGAUUUGGAUCGCGACGUGAAAUUAAGCUCCGGAAGGCGCUGCGAGGUUGCUGCAGUGGCGGACAAUGUUGUCCUGACGGCGGAGAUGAAUGGUAAUAACGGCGAAGUGGGGUUUCGUACGUAUGAUUCUAGGGUGGACGGCAAGUCUCCGGCUAUCUACGCGACGUGGCGGCCACGUCACCGGCAAAUAUGGGCGGACGAUGAAAGCGUCACCGGUCAGAAGGAGGAGUGA